GGAGGGCGAGAACGUGCAGUGCGUGUCCUGGAAGCCGGACAUCAAAGACCCCUGGACGGAGCAGGGCUGCGAACGCAUGGGGGGUGACGCCUUCUACUCCGUCUGCGCCUGCACCCACUUCUCCACCUUCGCCAUCCUCGUGGGCAUCCGCCAGGGCGACAAGGGCGAUGACGCGCUGAAGGUGGUCACCUACGUGGGGAUGUCGGUGUCGCUGGUCUGCCUCUUCCUCACCAUCCUCACCUUCCUCCUCUGCCGCUCGCUCUGGAGCGUCAGUGUCACCCUCCACCUGCAGCUCAGCAUCUGUCUCUUCGCUGCCAACCUCCUCUUCCUCACGGCUGUGACCCAGACCACCAACGAGCUGGCGUGUGCCAUCACGGCGGGCUUCCUCCACUACCUCUUCCUUGCCUGCUUCACCUGGAUGUUCUUGGAGGGUUUGCAUCUCUUCCUCACCGUCAGGAACCUGAGUGUCCUCAACUACACCAGCGCCAGUCGCUUCAGGAAAAGAUACAUCUACCCGGUGGGCUACGGCACACCAGCCAUCGUGGUGACCAUCUCCGCUGCUGUCCAGCAUCGUGGCUACGGCACUGAGCACUACUGCUGGCUGAACAUGGAAGGAGACUUCAUCUGGGCGUUCCUCGGUCCCAUCUGUGUCAUCAUCCUGGGCUCAGUGCCCAUCCCAGUCUUGUUCAACUCAUUCAUCCAUGACCUGGACGAGGGGACAGAGCGGACCCUCAGCAGGUUCAGUGAUGACACCAAACUGGGAGGAGCGGCCGAUCCGCCGGGAGGCUGCGCUGCCGUCCAGCGGGACCUGGCCAGGGUGAUGGCGUUCAAGGCGCUGGCGCACAUUAUCAUCCUCGGCUGCACGUGGGGUCUGGGCUUGCUGCGGGGGCAGGGGGACAACACCGUGGUGGCCUUCAUCUUCACCAUCAUCAACAGCUUGCAGGGAGCCUUCAUCUUCCUCGUGCACUGCAUCCUCAACCGGCAGGUGAUGGAGCAGUACCGGCGCUGGUUUAGGGCGCUGAGGCGACAUCCGCACCCCCAGGAGAUGCCCAGCACCGAGAUACACGUCACCUACGUCACGGAAGGGGAGAGGCCGCAGAGCCACAGCGCCGAGGGCUGCACCUGGGAGAAGUGACAGUGGGUGCCCCCCCAGGACGGAUCCGUUACCGGCGCAUCCCACCCAGUUCCAGCAGUUUUCCGGCGCAUCCGACCCAUUUCCAGCGUAUUUCCCGCAGAUCCAACCCACUUUCCCAGGGUUUCCUGCCGAUUUCACCCAUUUCCAGCAUUAUUUUUCCUGGUUCUAACGUUUUCCCCUCCCACCUCUCACCCGUUCCCAGAAUUUUUCUGCAGAACAACCCAUUUCCAGCAUUUUUCCCACCUAUCCAACCCAUUUUCCAGACUUUCCGCCAGGAAAUGACUGAUUUCCCAGCAUUUUUCCCCACAUAUCCGAUUCAUUUUCAAUACUUUCCCCCAGGAAACGACAAAUUUCCUGGCAUUUUUCCUGCCUAUCCGACCCAUUUUCCAGAAUUUCCCCCAGAAAUGACCAAUUUCCCAGUAUUUUUCCCCACAUAUCCAACUCAUUUUCCAGAAUUUCCCCCAGAAAUGACCAAUUUCCCAGUAU